AUGUCUAUUUUGUGUGUUCUUAGUUACAUUUUUAGGUUUAGUAAGAACGUCCGAAAUCCACUUGGACGUACUACAGGUCCUCUCAGCAACAGUGAGUUGAAAAAAGCUGAGAAUUUCUUGGUUAAAGCGAUACAGCAUCAAGAAUUUGCUGCAGAUAAUCAAAACCUGCAACUCAAAGGAUUAGUUUGUCCAAACAGUAAGUUAAAAAGCCUCAACUCGAUUUUGGUUGAUGAUGGUAUUUUGAGGGACGGAGGCCGACUAGAAAAUUUAAAUUUUGUAUCAAAACACUCGGCAAUCUUGCCAAAAGGUUAUAAAUUUAGUAUGAUUAUUUUAGAGUAUUAUCACAAGAAGCAUUUGCAUGUUGGUGCUUCGAACUUAUUAUGUAUUGUCCUAAGUGGUCGUACAAUUUGUUGUAAGGUAAUUCAUCAGUGUAUUCCAUGUUUCAAAUCAAAACCCAUAGUGUCUAGUCAAUUAAUGGGCAGUCUACCAAAAGACAGAGUUUUAGCUGAUUUCCCUUUUAAUUGUACCGGUGUAGACCUUUGUGGUCCAUUCUUGAUUAAAUAUAAUAAUCAACGAAAGAGUACAUUACAUAAAGUGUAUGUAUGUGUAUUUGUGUGUUUCGUAACAAAAGCCACUCAUUUUGAGAUUUUGUCAGACUCGACAUCUGAGUGUUUUAUAGCUUUGUUAAAAAGAUUCAUUGCGUGGAGAGGCAAGUGUGCAAAUUAUACUCUGACAUUGCAACAAAUUUUAAGGGUGCCAGUAAGAUAA